AGUACAAGACUUUUCUUACACUCGCAUUUACAGUUUGCUAGUUUCUUUGUUGUUACUGAAGAAAUCCUAAUAGUUAAUGAAAGAAAUCUUUAAAAACAAUAAACUAAAAUUGAUCUACUUACCAAAUGAAUAACAAAAAUGACAGUAGUAUUUUCAACAUAUUGUAGUGUUUUUUCUUUUCUUAUUGUAAUUUAUGUAAAGGUUCACAUCAUAGAUAAAGUUAUGAUUAGACAAACUCUCAGUCAACCUAUCUGACUGGGUUAUUUUGGGUUAUGUUGGGUUAUUAUUUACUUACAGUACAGUAAUACAGAAUAAUACAGCAACACGGAAAUCAGUGGAAGCUACUUCCCAAAGUGUGAGUGUGUGUUUAGUGGCUGUUACAGAAUAAUCCAACAGCUAUCUCCAACGGCCUCUAGGAAUUCUGAUGACGCUGUCAGAAGUAAUCAGAUCAGUUCAAUGAGCUUUUUGUUGUUUUAAAUGAAAUUACGCACAAGAAUUGGGUUCAGGACACUGCAUGUGGUCUUUCGGUGCAGUGUUAUUCACGUCACUCCUACUUUUUCAGACAAGGUAAAAUCUUCACUCUCUAUUGGUCAAACAAAGUUCUAACUGUAACAGUAGGUGUGGUAGCAAACUAGCUUUGCCAGAAUUCCCAGGAGUCUGCACUGUGGAUCUGAGACUAACAGAAGCUGAGGGAGUUUUAUUCCUGUUCGUUGCUUUAUAUUCAGCCUGAAUUCCUCUGAAGAAUCAAGAGUGUUAGGAUAUUCUGUUCCCUCUAUGGACUCAUGAUGCAGCGUCAUUUAAUCCUCCUGGCACAGCAAAAGAGAACACCGACACCAUCAUCACCUGUUAUGUCCAAAGUCUUCUUCUCUGAGCUUUAGUCAUGAAGGAUCGUUUAGAAGAGCUGCGUCUGCAGAUCAAAGCAAAUCAGGGAAAUCAUGAAGAUCACUCUUUCACCCAAAAUGAAGAGGAUGAGCCAGUGUCCUUCAUUGGUCACUGGCCACAAGCUGUGAUUUUUGAGACCGAGCCUGUGCUAGAGAACUACCUGGAUGAGGCCAAACGUGUUCGUGACAGCCUUGAAGACCUGGAGGCUGAGGUUAAGAAGUUCAGUCAACACCAAAGAAACUUUGUGGCCACCAUGCGGCGUCUCAGCGUCAUGAAAAAAGAGAGCAGCCUCACUCGGGACAUCAAGCUGCAGGCUGAGAACAUACGUAAGAAGCUUGAUGCCCUAUCAAAGCAGGCAAAGCUCACUGAGACUGAACUGGGGGCAUCAGCUGCCACAGCCAGGAUCCAGCGUGCUCAGCAUGAUGCACUCUUUCGGCGGUUCCAGGAGGUCAUGCGUCAUUACAAUGACUCGCUCCUAAGCAAACAAGCCAAAUGCAAGCAGUUCAUCAUCAGGCAGCUGGAAAUCUCUGGCCGAGAGGUAUCAGAGGAAGAAGUAGAAAAUAUGGUCGAGCAGGGUAAGUGGGAUGUUUUCAAUGAGAACAUCUUAGUGGAUGUCAAGAUCACUCGCACACAGUUAUCUGAGAUAGAACAGCGCCACAAAGAACUGAUCACCCUUGAGAGCAACAUGAAGGAUCUGAGAGAGCUCUUUCUAGAUGUCUUCAUGCUUGUGGAAGAGCAAGGAGAUCAAAUUAACAAUAUCCAGGCCAAUGUAGAGAAGACUCAGGACUAUGUGAUGGCUUGUAAAGAGAAAUUUAAAACGGCCGUCAGAUAUAGGAAGAAGAACCCUUUAAGAAGACUGUGUUGCUGCUGUUGCCCAUGGGUGUGAUGAAAAACCUGUGGAAUUUUUAAAUGCAUAGACAAUGUAUGUGUUAAAGGCAAAACCUCAUUAGCAAAUUGAAAGACAUUCUGUAAAAUUAAGACACUGGAGUCAUGAAGCCUAAGUAUGGAACUGAUAUGGAGCUAUUAAUAACACAAUAGUUUAUGUUUUAUACACACACACAAACACACACACACACACACACACACACACACACACACACACACACACACACACACACACACACACACACACACACACACACACACACACA